CUCCGUCUGGCCAGUCACAAAGCUCAAAACCAAUGAAUCAUAACACGUUGAUUUACGUUCUUUCGGGAGGGUUAAUACUGCUUUUCAUUUGCUUGAUCUUGUUAAUAUUGUUUCGGAAAUUCGCCAAGCCUGUGGAGUUGAAGGAGAUAAUUUUGCGAAGUAAACGAAAAAUGGCUGCACCUGACUACUUCAGCGGUAAUCUUAGAACGAUAAGUUAUUUUGAUUUUCGGACUUUGAGAAAGGCGACAAAGAAUUUCAAUCCUGCGAACUUGCUUGGAAGUGGUGGAUUUGGACGGGUGUAUAAGGGAAAGCUAAGGGAUGGGAGAGCAGUAGCUGUCAAAAAAUUGUCCCAGAAAUCCGAACAAGGUGAACCGGAAUUUCUCGGAGAAGUGAGGAUGAUUACGAGUAUCCAACACAAAAACUUGGUUCGACUUCUGGGGUGUUGUUCAGACGGGUCUCAACGACUUCUUGUAUACGAAUAUAUGAAGAACGGAAGCUUAGACAGUGUAUUAUUCGGAAAGGGUGAGCAUUUCCUCAAUUGGAGCACAAGGUACCAAAUAAUUCUUGGCAUUGCUAGAGGGUUGCAGUACUUGCAUGAAGAUUCACAUAUACGGAUUGUUCACCGUGAUAUUAAGGCAAGCAACAUUCUCCUCGACGAGAGACUCCAGCCGAAAAUUGGAGACUUUGGGCUAGCAAGGUUCUUUCCUGAAGACGAGGCGUAUUUAAGCACCAACUUUGCUGGAACCCUGGGCUAUACUGCUCCAGAAUACGCCAUUAGAGGAGAAUUAACAGAGAAAGCAGACAUUUACAGCUUCGGAGUCAUAGUCCUUGAGAUCAUCAGCUGCAGGAGAAACACCGAUCUUUCUCUAUCUACGGAAAUGCAGUAUCUCCCGGAAUAUGCAUGGAAGCUUUACGAGAGAUCCAGAGUAACAGAAAUAGUUGAUCCGAAGCUACAAAAAGACGGGUUCGUCGAGAAAGAUGUAUUGCAAGCAAUUCAUGUAGCUUUCUUAUGUCUUCAACCUGAUCCUAGUUUGAGACCCCCCAUGUCAGACAUUGUUGCAAUGUUAACUUGCAAAGUAAAUUUAGUUUCAACUCCUACUCCAGUGAAACCAGUGUUCUUGGGUCGCAAAAGACCAAACAGCGACAACGACAUCAAAACAAGUACUCUUCAUCAUACAUCAAGGGAGACUGUAUCUACUGAAAUAUCCUACCCUUCACCUCUGUUAACUGAUUCCACUCUCUCCAUAAAUAUCAGACCCUAA